AUGCAGGUCUCGGUGUGUGGUGCACAGUCGCAGCCACGUAUGAGUCGACGACCCGCCGGAAAGACAACUGUGGAGGACUCCAGCGAGAAGAGCGUGGUGCCCGAUCAGUUGGCGCUGGCGGCGAUUCGCUCUAAUGGACAUGGACGCAGUUUUGCGCGACGUGGUGUUCAACAACACUCAAGGACCAAGGAGCCAACGCCAGACUAUAGCUACGGACAGCUGGAGUUGAAUCUCAUAAGACCCGAGCAUGAAACAUCUUCAUUGCCACCGCAUGGCAAGAUCAGUCCUUACUACAGCACAACAGCCGAGUCCGUUAGGACUGCUGGUAUUGCACUGGGUGACGAGAAGACAGCCAUACUGGAGGAUUCGGAAACGGCGGCCGAGUACGUCGCCAAUGCCAUGAAAAUGGCGUAUGGCACACGUCAAAGGGAACCGUCAUCGCCAUUGCACAUUGUAGCGAAUACAUUGCGACCCAGCUCCAGUUCCGAGCAGCAGCAGCAGCAGCAGCAGCAACAGACGCAGAACCAGUCGAAUCAUGCCAAGACGCAGGCGCAGGCGGCGCUGCUGGAGGCACAAAUGCAGGCAGAGCUGCAGGCGCAGCUGACCGAUCUCAAUGGCGGCGACAUUGAGCGACUCUAUCGCACAAAGUACUACAGUUAUCCACCUCCGCAGCAGCAGCAGUUACUGCCGCAACUGUAUCGCAACAUUGAGGAGGAGGCGGAGGAAAAGGUGCGGGUUUCUGCAUCAACGGAGAUACCCAAAGCGGAGAUAAUGAAACAAAUUGAAAAGUCUGUCAUCAAGUACAUGAAGGAGCUGGAAGCGGAGGGCAAGAUAAUUACGACGCCGCAGGAGCUGGCACCACCGGCAACGAAAACCUACUAUAAGCUCCUCUCGCUGCCCAACCCCAGCUCCAGCGGAUCCGGGCCCAGCUCCAGCGCCUCAAUUGCCAGCGAAGAGAAGCGCUACAGCAGCAGUACGGUGCGUCCCAAGUAUAGCAAUCCGCCCGCUACUGGCAGCCAGACUCGUCAGCCGGGUCAGCAGCAUGGUCAAUACCAUGCUCAGCAUUCGCAUUUGCAUCCACAUCAACAGUCGCAUUCGCAUUCGCAUUCUCAUCAACCACAACAUCAUCAGCUGAGCAAGCAGGGCACCAAGCCGCAGCGCUAUCAAUCGGAGACAGAAACCGCAUACCAGGCACCAGACAUAUCAUCAGAAUCCCUCGCACCAAAUGUGGAAUUCAUUUACAAGAUCAAGACGCGUGCCCCACUGCAGACGGCCACAGUGAAGACAAUAUCGAAGCCAUACACGCUGCCAUUAAAGAGCAGCGCCGAGCACUUUGACCAUGGCGCUGCACUCAAGAACAUUGAGGAGUUCGAUCUGUCGCAUGUAGUCACAACUCCCGAGCACGAGCAGGAUGAGCGUGAACGCGAUAGGGAACGUGUGACAAGCAAGCCACAAAAAUUGUAUUUCAACUCGGAGAUCUAUCAUGACAUUAAUUCGCUGCCCUACAAGGCGGAGAAGCAACGUGGUAGCAACAUUCAUGCAAUUCAAGGUCAGGAGUAUCGCCAUAAGCUAAAGUCAGCCGUCGACUUGCAUCCGGAAUAUAAGGGCUAUUCCGGUUACUUUGCAGAGCCGGUGUCCAGCAGCAUGGAGCUGGCGGAGAAGCAACCACUGCCCAGCGGCUUGGGCACUGAUAACGGCGACGAUGGCUACCCGCUGCCUUAUCAGUAUGUGCUGAAGAAGGAGCCGCUUAACAGCAAGUACGAGGAGGAGCGCGAUAGUUGGGAGCAAUCCAUGCGCCAGGCACAUGGCAAGCUGCCCGCCAACGCCGGUGGUGGCUAUAAGUCGGGUGUUGCUGGUGGUAAUGCGGCCAGCAGCAGCAGCAGCUUGGACUAUGACAGCUACAGUCCCAAGUUUAACAAUAAUCCCGAAGGCUAUGGCUAUCAGCACACGUACAGGACGCAACUGCUGCGAGGCGCCACAGGCAACAGUGGCAACCUCAGUGGUGGUGGCAAGCGUGGUAAGCGUGGCGGUGCCCCGCAUCCGGCAGCUGCAGGCAGCCAGGGCAAGAAGUUGCUGCGUGGCGGCGUCAAGGAUCUUGAAGCAAAUCUGGCGCUGCGACCGCCGCCCAAAAAUUAG